AUGACAUGGACUGAGGCCCAGAGCUACUGCAGAAGAAGCCAGAAGAUACAGGAUCUGGUACCUGCUGGGGGCACAGCCUGGAUCGGACUUUCCAGAGACUCCUGGAAGUGGUCGGAUGGAAGUGACUCCACAUUUAGGUUCUGGAGUGCUGGGGAACCUAACAACUACAAUGGGAACAAUGAGGCUUGUGUGACUGUAGACUUCUCCUCUGGACAUGGUCGAUGGAGGGACUGGAACUGUGAUGUGAAGUUUGCGUUCAUCUGCUACUACAGUCCACUUCCAAAGCAAGAGUUGAAAUUGUUCAAACUGAAGGUGAAGACAAGCUCCUCUGCGGAUCUGGACGACCCUGCUGUGCUGGAGAACAUGUUGCUGACGAUCAAACAGAAGCUGAAGGACCAGGGAUUGGAUGAGAACAUCCAAGUGAACUGGAAGAAGCAGCCUGAUGGAAAAGUCUUCUACAAGGAGAAGAAGACGAAGGAGGAGGAGAAGACGAAGGAGGAGGAGAAGACGAAGGAUGAGCUUUAAUGUGGAAUCUCUGUCUGUUUUUCUUUCUUUCCUCUAAGUCGUCAUGUAACGGCUCAGAAUAGAGCUGAACAAUCAGCUGAUUAGUCGAUUAGUCACAACUAUUCUGAUUUGAUGCUUUUCUUUGUUAUAUAUGGUCAUGAACUUCAUGUCUGUGUUCUUUAGACUGUUGCAUUUAUCUGCUUGACCUGUGGGAUAUAAUGACAGGCAUCUUUACUAUGUUCUGACAUUUUAUAUGAUUAGAUUAAAUACAAUAUGAUAAGAAACUA